AGCUCAGAGUUGCAAAUUUGCGUUUUACCCUUUCAGUGCGAAGUCAGACCUAUUUGCUUUGCCGAACAGCUUUGAUCCGUUCCAGUGUCUAAGAGAAGGUGUUAGGAUUUUCAGAUUCUAUUAUUUGGAGAUGGCCGCUAUACUGAAGUUGGAGAGUGGCGACGGCGAGGUGUUCGACGUGGAGGUCAACGUCGCCUGCCAAUCCGAAGUAAUCAAGGUCAUGUUAGAGGCCACGGGCGAUAUCGCCGAUGACGAUGAUCCUGUGCCGUUGCCCAAUGUAAAUGGCGCCACUUUGAGAAAGGUGAUAGCUUGGUGCACGCAGCACCAGAAUGACAAUCCAGUUGAAGAGGAAAAUACCCUAGAAGCGAGUGAACCAGGAACGGAUAACCUUGAUAGCUGGGAUAAAGAUUUUUUCAAGGUAGACCAAGGAAUCCUCUUUGAGCUCAUCCUAGCGGCGAAUUACUUGGACAUAAAGAGUCUUUUGGAUGCCGGUUGCAAGACUGUCGCUAAUAUUAUCGAAGGCAAGACUACCGAGGAGCUCCGGAAGACAUUCAACAUCGUGAACGACUUCUCUUCCGACGAAGAGGAGGAGAUCCGCCAGGAGAAUGCAUGGUGCGAAGAUAAAUAGGCAUGCAGUCCUCGUUCCUGACAUGAGUUUUCUACGUCCUGUCAGACAAGCGGAAGUGAAUGGGCUCUUUUCCAGUAGGAUGGCCUGUUUCCGGUCAGAGUUUUCUUUUGUCGGAUGCCUUCCGCAAACCUAUGUCAGCAAACAUGGUCGUCGAUCAGUGGAUCAAUGUGCUCAGGAUGCUCGAGUUGCGUUUUUUCCUUCCUUUUUUCAUUAUUUGAUUUAUAUUCUUUAUUGUUGUUUUUGAACACUCUGAUGUUUUAGUUUGAUGUAUAA